AGCAUUUGUUUUGUGUCGAUCGUACUUGCAUCCGCUCUGCUCGGAUCGUUCCCGGAGAAAGGAGAAGCUGGUCCCCGUUAUCAGCUGGGACGCGGUGUCGGGUGCUGUGCGUGCGUGUGUGCGGUCGAUUAGCGAAGGACGGAAACGGCUUCCAUAGAAGAGAACGCAACACGAAACAGCUAUGGCGAGCCAAGUGAGUCUACAGGAUCGGAACAAUCUGGAAAAGUUCAUCCGCCAGCUGGCGAUGAAAUCGGCGCAGAUUAUCGUACAGUCGCGCCUCGGUGAGAAAAUUGCCACCGAAAGCAACACGGCCACCGAUUGGUUCAACAUCGCAAUCACGGACCAGCCGGACGUGCUGGUCGACACGAAGAAAGCGCUCCAGGGCAGCCAGCAUGAGUCGAUCAUCUCGCGGUUGCCACUGUGCGUAGAGAUUUCGCUGCAAACGGCCGAGGGUGGUAGCAUGAUACUGGAGGUUUGGUCGCUGAGCAUCAGAACCGACCAGACGAACGCCCCGCAGCGGGCCACCAAUGUGAUCUACAAUCGUAUGGGCUUGCUGCUCAAGUCGCUCCUAUCGGUCACGCGAGUUACGCCCGCCUAUCGAGUGUCACGCCUGAAGCGCUCGGACUCCUACGACAUCUACUACCGCAUCUACAUCGGUGACCCUCAGACCCAUCAGUUGGGCGAUGGUCAUAACCAAGUGCGCGUCGGACAGUUGUGCACCCAGAUCGGAACACUAAACAUGGCCGUGGCCUACCGGACGAAGAUUACGUUCUCGCCCACGCAAACCGGACGCGACAACACGAUCAUGCUGAAGAGCGAUCACUUCCUGAAGGAUCUCAGCCCGAAGCACGUACGCUACAACUACAACAAAAAGAAUGAUAAAAAGAUAAUCGAUUUGGACAAACCGAUGCGAUGUGGUGCCUUCGUCGAUCCGUCCCGGGUAAAGAAGUACACCGAGGACGAUUACAUACUGCCAGAAACGCCACCGUUCAGCUGGUUGCUGCCGAAACCACGCGACGAGAACGGCGAGGAUCGAAUUUCGCUCCACUCGCCGACGAACGUGGUGGACGCGGAGAACUGUUCCGGCAACGCCAACAAUCUCAUCAACAACCUCCAGAACCAGAGCAACAAUAACAACAACAAUAUCCAACAGCCCCAGGGCAAGGGUUCGUACGAGGCGGGGCCGUGUGCAGCCGGUCCGAUGCACUUCCGGCUGUCGCAGUCGCCCAAAAGUAACGCCGGCAGCGGAGAAUCAACGGUGGGACCGCUGGCACCGUCCAGUAUCGGAAUGUCAGUCCCGGCGAGUACCACCACCACCACCGGGACCUCUCCACCGCUCGGUUCACUCGGGGCCGAUAGUGGACUGCGACGCUCAUCCCGCUGGUCGAUCCGGCGCGAUCCGUCCGAGGACGAACGGAUGCUGAAGGAGCUACACUUUGCAUUUGCCGAAUCGACAGCCCAGGGCGAGUUGGCAAAGUUUUUGCGCGAAUGCCAAAAUGCGCCCACGCUGCAGGAGUUUGAUAUGAUGCGCUCGAGCGGCGGCGAUACCGUUACCGAUGCGACGAUCGACGGCAGCCGGAUACUGACCGAAGCCGACACCUGCUGUGAGCCCUGCGAGCGGAGGAUCGACGACGACGAUAACGACGACGACGACGACGAUGCCAUCAAUGACCUCACGCGCCAGCUCGAGCAGUUCGAAACUUCGCUACCGGAGUACGAGUACCUCGUGUCAUCGCUUUGCCAAACGGUGGACAGCAAUUCGAACAGCUAAAUGCAUGGCGGCGGCCAAGAAUCCGACCGCCCGAGGGUGGCGAGUUUAUUGUUAAUUUUUCGAGAGAGCACACACUUCUGUACUCCUGUGUCGACUGAUAUAUAUUUUUUGAUGAUAUUCAUCUCCACAUUACACACACACAGUGCGCACACAUAAAACACUGAGAAAACCACAAACACAACCACAGAGCAGUAGGAAAGACAAGACGGCGGAUGUUGCGAGCGACAGAAGGAACAGGAAACGAUAGGUCCAAAGGACGGCACUGCUAGGGAACGGAACGGGACGAUUGUACUAAUGUUUCAAUGUGCCCGUUUCGAGAGGAGGUUGUGUGUGUUUUGUUGCAGAGUCCUUGCCUUUUGAGCCAUCAUAAUCUACGUGUUUUUUUUACUAUUUCGGGCAGCCCAAUGGCUGCAGCGAAUGAGAAGCGGCUUUGAAGAAAAUGUUCCUUAUUGUGUGCGCGGGGCAGCAGCAGCAGUGUGUCAGAACGCCCGUCGAAUGAUUAGCAAAAUAAGUUCAAUCGUCCCCAGGGGUCCCUUAUUUUCUACAUAUUUAUGCAUUGAAUCCAAAUUAAUCCAAAGUAUAUUCUUCCCCGCCAUAUACUAGUGAAGCUUUUGUUCGCUUGAAGAAGAUGCUGCUUUCGCCGGCGCAUUGCAUUGGUGGUCAUUUACCGACUGACAUUGGCUUUAAUAUUGUUCGAUUGCUUUAAGCGCAACUGAGGAGGAAGUAGAUGGAUGGCGAAGGAUUGUUGAAACGGAGGAGUGAUCACAAACGUAGCUAGGCUCUUUACGCUCACCACGGAACUGUUUUCCGGCCACCCCAUUGUAAAGCCCCGCCGCUAGCGUCGUGUUUGUAAAUAGUACAACAUUUGUUAUAGGCUUAAAAUCAUCGCAAGGAACCGGACCUUGCUUCUCCUGUAAAUAGGCGUACGAUAUUAUUUGGCUACCAAUGUUUUGGCAUUACUUUCGGGGUCAUUAUGCUAGUUGCGAGGGGGUCAGCGAGCAGCGGUGGGGUGCUAAUGCCCGGUUCGGGGCGCCGGGAAACAUUUCUCGUACCGAACGUAAAACAGUAAAUAGAUUUUGAGCCAGAACAUUUUCGAAGGCAGAAAUCAGUGGCGAUGAACGUUAGUGUCGUGGUCGAGAACAAUUUGCCGUUUACGCCGGGAAAACUUACUGUUAUUCACGAUUUUUAUCCUUUCGUCAGUUUAUAUUCGACUCGGUCUAGCGGCCGGUCUAGCGUAAGGGAAAACGUGUGCUGAUUAGGCGCAGGGAUGGGAUACUGUAUCGUUUAAAUAUAACUCAGCAAUUAUUUUUUAUCUUCUGAUGUUUGAGCUGAUCUGUGUCGAAUUCUGGUUACUAUUUCAUAGAAACCCCUCGUGAGCAUCGGGGAGAAGAGAGGGUUAUCAUCAGCUAUCUAAAAUUUGGCUUGCGUUCGAUACUUCACACACAUAAAACUGUGUAACAUUUUAGUGUUAGUAGCGCAGUAUCUGUAAUCGGUUCCUUUUCUAUCGCCACACAAUGCAAAAAGUACAUUUUUACUACCACCAUACGAAAGACCAAACUUUUACGAAUAAGAAAUGAAAGAAGAGGUGCGAAAUUGUUUGCCAAAUAGGCCGUCUAUUUUCUUGUCUUCGUUUCAAAGAGACUGAUCAGCCUAAGAGAGAGAGAGAGGAACAUGUCGCUAAAUCGCUUUUUUGGGCCUUAUACUGGAUAGCAAAAUUUUAGGACCGAGUCAGAGUUACUUUUGUGCUUAAAGCUAGCGGGAAAACCAUUUCAGUAAGGUUAAUUGGAAAAAGGGAAUAAAAGAUAUCAUUGGCAGGGCGUUUUUCUGUUUCAAAGGAAAUGGUUUAGGAACGGCAAAUGUAAUAUUUAUUAGAUAAUCAAAUGUGUUUUCUUUUCUUUAAACAAACCCAUUCAUGCUCACAGUAAAACAGUAAACAGUAAAUCGAAACAAUAGGCAUUAUGUCAGGCAUAUUAAGUCAAUCGGCACAUCACGGAAGUCGAAUUCGUAACAUUAGCCCAAGAAAAAGGAUCGCAACCAUCAACCACAGCAACAAUGAAAUAAAAUCAAA